AUGGAGUGCGCGUUAGACAAGAAUAGCUUUUGUUCUUCGCAUCUCAUUACACAAGACGGAACAGCUCCCUGGCAGCAAAGUCUUCCUUACCCAGGCUCCGAAAUAUUGCAGGUUGAUCAAUCCGCAUUGAAAUUCGCGCAAUCAAAAUCUUUUGAGCAUUCAGCCAAAAAAUGGGAAGCUCUCAAGCCAGACAUUGAAAUGAUGUAUAUCAAGAGGGACACAAAAUGAACAGACAUCAUCAAAAUUCUUAAAGAAGAACACUGUUUCAACGUCACGUAAGCCUAAAGUCUUCUGUCAAACAAUACCUGGAUUUCGUGCGUGCUAAUGGAGACGUAGUCAAAAACAGCUGAGUCUCGGCUUGAAAGCCUGGGGUUUCUUAAAGUACACGACUCAGAAGCAGAUAAUUACUGAACGCAAUCCUGAUGGGACUUGGGACAGAAGCAGAUACAAAAUAACAAAAACAAAGAUCAACCCACGAGGUCGAAAAAAGAAACAGAUUGAGAGAACCUGUCAGAAUCAGGAUGAUACCGAAAUUCUUGAGUGUAUGUACUUCAUGCUCGAAUCCAUUUUAAUCUUCUAACAUAAAGUAGUAGAAGCAUCCGAAUUCGACAAAUCAGAGUUAGCCAGGACAGAAUAUGAAACAAAUACUGCCACAGAGGCUCCCGAGCAAGUAGAGAUCACUCGUCGACUCAUCCGAUUGCUUUCGGAAUUAAAAAUCGAAUUCAAGGCCACGAUUCUGGGGUCGAAAUUGCCACUGCAUUGCGAAUCAAAGCCCCCCUUCCAUUCUAAUUUCAUCAGCGGGUCUGAAUUACAUGAAACCUCUGAUGGAAAUGUAUCUGACUACCCUGACUCCCCGGAAGCCUCUCGUGACUUUGCCGAGCAUGCCUCAUAUGAGUCUAUAUCACACAACAAAUAUGAUGGGUAUUUAAGCCGCAACAGUUUUGGUUUUUCACAUCCACCACAUCUUCCUCCAUGCUUCUACCCGAAUCCUUUUAACGAGCUUUAUAUCUUUCCGUCUCAGACUGCCAGAUCCCGACAACGAGCACGCUUCAUGCCCAAUCAAGCGAAAACAGAUGUCGACUCCAAAUUGCGCCAUCUUCAAAGGAUUGGAAUUUUAUCCCUAUCAAAUCCCGGGAACUCGAAAAUGA